GCGGACGGGCAGGCGGGGAGAGGCCGGGGGGCGGGCGGGCCUGUGUGUUGGCGGCGCCGGAGCUCGCGGGAGCGGCUUGGAAGCUGGGCCGCCGGGAGGAGGCCGCGGCCACGCUUCCUGACAGUUACUGAGGGGCUUCUUUGAAGAACCAUGAAGUCACACUAUGUUGUGCUAACCCUAGCCUCCCUGGUGUUCCUGGCGAGCCUCCCUGUGUCACAGAGCUGUAACAAAGCCCUCUGUGCUAGCGAUGUGAGCAAGUGCCUCAUUCAGGAGCUCUGCCAGUGCCGGCCGGGAGAAGGAAGCUGCCCGUGCUGUAAGGAGUGCAUGCUGUGCCUUGGGGCGCUGUGGGAUGAGUGCUGCGACUGUGUGGGCAUGUGUAACCCUCGGAAUUACAGCGACACACCUCCCACCUCAAAGAGCACAGUGGAGGAGCUGCAUGAGCCCAUCCCCUCCCUGUUCAGGGCGCUCACGGAGGGGGACACCCAACUGAACUGGAACAUCGUCUCCUUCCCUGUGGCAGAGGAGCUCUCACACCAUGAAAAUUUAGUGUCCUUUUUAGAAACUGUGAACCAGCCGCACCACCAAAAUGUGUCUGUUCCCAGCAACAAUGUUCACGCUCCUUAUCCCAACGACAAAGAGCACAUGUGCACUGUGGUUUACUUUGAUGACUGCAUGUCCAUACAUCAGUGUAAAAUAUCCUGCGAGUCCAUGGGAGCGUCCAAAUACCGCUGGUUUCAUAACGCCUGCUGUGAGUGCAUCGGUCCAGAGUGUAUCGACUACGGCAGUAAGACAGUCAAGUGUAUGAACUGCAUGUUCUAAAGAAGGGAAAGGAACGCAAUCCAAAGCAGCUUAGUUUCUAGGAGGACAUGAAAAUUACUCAGUAAGUCAUGAAGUGUGCAAAGUCUUGAGUCAGGUAUGCUAAGAACAUACUAAAUUAUGUUGUUAUAACUGUACCUUUUCUGUUUGUUGCCUAUUAGUGUAUGUCUUUUCCAUGGGAACAGUAGAACUCUAGUCCUAUGAGAAUGGGGUACAGAGGAGUUGUGGAAGAGCUGUAGUUCUGACAGAAGGUCUGGUGCCUUUGGUUACCAGGAGCUGUGGCUUUCAACUACCAGCCUCAAGUCCAUCAGGUCUCUGUCCUUACACCUUUCCUAACCGUGCCUUGGAUUGCUUAUCUGUUUUAUAUAAAGAGAGUAAAUAUUGCAGCUCACAUUCAAGCCACUGUAAAAGCUUAAUGGUUAUCUUACAUGGUUUUAGAAAGUAAAUAUUUACUAUAUUUUACAGCAGAAAACUUUUCCCUAGGGCCAGUGAGCUGACUCGGUGGGUAAAAGUGUUUGCUGCCAUGCCUGAUGACCUGAGCUUGAUCCCUAGCACCAGAGCCCAUACAGUGGAGGAGAGAACCAACAGACCUCCAUACAUGCACAAUAACAUGCAUGCAUAUGCACACAGGCACACACACACUAAGUAAAUGUUUAAGAGAACUUUAAACCUCUCACGUGGUGAGAUCUGUCCUACAGCACUCAUGCCGACGGUGACUUAGCCGUGGUCUUGCACUCCCCCACCCACAGUGCUGAUGUAUAGGCAGUUGAAUCAUCUCUACCAAGAAUUGCGGCACACCCUUGAAACUCCACUAAACGCACUGUGAGGAUCUGGGUGCAGAAGAAGCCAGAGAAAGAGCAGCCAGGCUGUAUGUAGGUCAUGUGAUGCCACAUCAGGCACCAGGAAGCAGCUGUCCUUUACCAGCUGCACAGCAGAGGUGAGAGUGAGGUGCACCAGGAGAAGGGUCAGGCUCGGCACCAGCAAACCAGCCAGCUUCUCCAGCACACAGACCGCAGGCUCGGCACCAGCAAACCAGCCAGCUUCUCCAGCACACAGACCGCAGGCUCGGCACCAGCAAACCAGCCAGCUUCUCCAGCACACAGACCGCAGGCUCGGCACCAGCAAACCAGCCAGCUUCUCCAGCACAUAAGCAUAGGCUCGGCACCAGCAAACCAGCCAGCUUCUCCAGCACACAGACUGCGGGCUCGGCACCAGCAAACCAGCCAGCUUCUCCAGCACGUGGGGUUGCAGAGGGUUGAAGAGGAAUUUACAGACGUGAACAGAGAAGGGCGAGAUUGUUGGGAACUCUUAGGAUCUACCUUAAGACCAUUUAUAGUCGCUGUUUUUGUUACUUUGUAAUGUCUAUAUUUGUUUCUGGAUAUCUGAAUCUAACAUUCUUAUUAAAUAAGCAUCAUAUUUUGGAAGCUGUAUUUCUAAAAGUGGAGAGGCAAAUCUGUUUAAUAUGUUUACUCCUACUUAUUACAGAAUUAUCUAAUUAGCUUCUUAUGUAGUGUUUCUAGAGACAAGUUGAAAUACUACAUACUCUUCAUAGAAAUAAAAUCCUCACUUUCAAGCAUGAUUCUAAAACAAAUAUUUAAAAUACACAGGCUCGUUUUAAUGAAAUUGCUAUUUUUUGCUAGUGCAGAUCUGAAUUAAAAGUAACUUUUUAGGAAUAAUCUUUAUAUGUCUAUAUAUUUUAGUACAUAAAAUAGAAAAUGCUCUUAAACACAUUUUGCAUUCUUAUUUGAAUAGUAGUUAACUACAAGAUUGUGAUAUUACAUAAGGCUCCCCACUAUAAAACCUGUUCUUUCCCAUGGCUGAAGAGCACUGCAGGUCCGCAGCCUUCUAACGACACGCGUCCUCUCACUCUCAUGGCAGUGCCUCUGUUUCAGCCUUGGGAACGGCUUAGCUCCUUUCAUAGCUCCCACACUGCCGGGGUUUUCUUGACAGAAGGAGGGGCUUUGAAGGACUGCAGCUUGUGCUCCAUCUUGUCUUCCUAAUUGUCGAGAAAGUCAUGCCUAUGAAUGGGAAUGCUCUGAUGGCUGCAGGCAGUUUGCCUUCAAGUUUCCUUUUUUGGUUUGUUUGUUGUUUUUGUUUUGUUUUGAAACAGGGUCUCUAUGAAGCCCUGGCUGGCCUCGAACUUGCUACAGACCAGGCUGACUGUCCUCAUGCUUUCUUAUGGUGGCCACAAGCAUUGUUAACGUAUAUCAUUACCUUUUUAAAAAUCUUUUCAUUAUCAAAUUUUAAAAUGUCGUAUGUCUUUUUUACCCCAUACAUUUCUCUGUGGACAGUUUCUUAAACCAA